AUGUUCCCAGGCAUCUUCCGCAAUGCGUUGUCGCCAGAACAACUGGUCUUUGACUACCCAAAGAUCAAAACCGUCUACGACCUCGUCGAGAACGCGAUCAGGACCACCCCCAAAAACCGCUGUCUCGGUCACCGACACGUUAUCGGCCGCGACAAGACCGGUGCCGCUGUCUGGAGCGGAUACGAAUGGCAGGACUGGAAAACGGUUGGAGAGAGGCGUCUGAACUUUGGCGCCGGAUGUCAGUACCUCUAUACGGAGGUUGUCGGUGGGGAUGCUUUGACAAAGUACAACCUCGGAAUCUACUCCAUCAACCGUCCGGAAUGGCUAAUCGCCGACUGGGGAGCCGACGCCUACUCCAACGCCUCCGUCGCGCUGUACGACACCCUCGGCCCAGAAGCCAGCCAAUACAUUCUCCACCACUCCGAAAUCCCGAUCUGCGUGACGACCGAGGAUAAGAUCCCCAGCCUGCUCAAAAUCUCCGGGGAGCUGCCCGACCUCAAAGUGCUGGUCGUUAUGAAAAACUUGACCACGCCGGAAACGGACCCGUCGAAGCUGCAGAUUCUGAAGGAAUGGGCUGCGGAGAAGGGGAUUGCGUUGUAUGCGUUUGAGGAGGUUGAGGAGCUUGGGAAGGCCAACCCGAGACCUGUGCGUGAACCCGCUCCGGAGGACAUCUGGUGCAUUUGUUACACAUCAGGAACUACCGGAGUACCAAAAGGCGCCCUUCUUUCGCACAAAAACGCGGUUGCGGUCCAGCGCGCCACUGAGCCCCUCAUCCCCAUCGAUGACACGGGUGUCGAAUGCUGCUACUUGCCUUUGGCGCACGUCUUCGAAAGGGUUACCAUCGUCACAAUCAUCGGAAAGGGGGCAGCAAUAGGCUUUUCUCGUGGUGAUGUCGCCUUAUUGAUGGAAGAUUUCGGAGCCCUCAAGCCCGACUUCUUCCCCUCCGUCCCCCGCCUCCUCAACCGCAUUCACGACAAGAUCGUCAUGGGCGCCAACAGCGGCGGCGCGGUCAAAGCCGGUCUCUUCCGCAUGGCCCUUAACGCCAAGCUCGAGAACCUCAAAAAGGGCCAGAUGACCCACCCUUUAUGGGACCCCCUCGUCUUCAACAAAAUCAAAGCCGUCCUCGGCGGUCGCAUGAAGUACCUUUUGUCGGGUUCCGCCCCGCUCGGGAAGGAGACGCUGAUGUUCCUCCGUGCCGCCUUGGGGUUCCAGAUCUCCGAGGGCUACGGCGCCACCGAGACCACCGCCGGCGUGUCUGCUCAAUGGCCCGGCGAUUUCAGCGCGGGUAACGUCGGCCCCAUCAUGUCGUCCGCGGAACUUAAGCUCGUGUCCGUGCCCGAGAUGGGAUACCAUGCCCGCGAGAACAAGGGCGAGAUCUGGGUCCGGGGUGCCAAUAUCUUUGGCGGGUACCUGAAGGAACCGGAGAAGACUGCGGAGUGUCUGACGGAGGACGGGUGGUUUAAGACGGGGGAUAUUGGUGUGAUUGAUGAGAAGGGACGGUUGGCUAUUGUGGAUAGGAAGAAGAAUAUCUUCAAGUUGGCGCAGGGAGAGUACUGUGCGCCUGAGAAGAUUGAAAACACAUACAUCCGCUCCAACUUCGUCGCCCAAAUGUACGUCCACGGCGACUCCCUCCAAUCCGAACUGGUCGGGAUCGUCGUCCCCGACCCCGAAUACGCCAUCCAGUACGCCAUCCAAUCCGGCCUCCUCCCCGCCUCCUCGCCCCCCGGAGCCCCCCUCGCCCCCGGCGUACCCAUGGACCCGCGCGUCGUGACGCUGUGCGAGGACCCAAAGUUCAGGAAAGCGAUCGAAGAGGAUUUGAGGAGGUUGGGACGGCAGGAUAAAUUGAGGGGCUUUGAGUUUGUGAAGAGAGUGCAUUUGGAGUGUGAGCCGUGGGGCGUUGAGAAUGAGAUGAUGACGCCGACCUUCAAGUUGAAGAGGGUGGAGGUUGCGAAAAAAUACCGCGAGGUUAUCGACGCAAUGUACAAGGACCUGAACGCCGCCGCUGCCGCCGAUGUGAAAGCCAAGCUGUAG